CAACAGAGAAUCACUAACAGUAACUGAGAAUCAUGGCAGAAGUAGCUCCAGCAGCCGCACCGGCUAAAGCCCCGGCUAAAGCACCGAAGAAGAAGUCCGGUACCAAGGCUAAGAAAGAUGGACCCAGCCUACCCAAACUCAUCGUGGCCGCCGUGGCCGACUCCAAGGAGCGCAAGGGAGUUUCUCUGGCGGCGCUCAAGAAGGUCCUGGCCGGGAAAGGCGUCGAUGUGGCCAAGGCCAACAAGCGCAUCAACACCGCCGUCACCAAGCUUGUGACGAAGGGAACUCUUAGCCAAACGAAAGGAACCGGAGCAACCGGGUCCUUCAAGCUCGCUAAGAAGGAGCCCACAGCCGCCAAACCGGCCAAGAAGGUGGUGAAGAAGAAGGCUCCCGCCAAGGCAAAGAAACCAGCUCCCAAGAAGGCCACAACACCCAAGAAACCCGCCGCCAAGAAAGCAGCAGCCAAGAAAUCCCCAAAGAAGGCAGCAGCCAAGAAAUCUCCCAAAAAAGUGGUCAAGAAGAGCCCCAAAAAGAGCCCUAAAAAGCCCGCCGCUAAGAAGCCAAAGGCUGCUAAGAAGCCUGCAGCCAAGAAAACGGGAGCCAAAAAACCCGCAGCGAAGAAGGCCAAGAAGUAAACAACUUUUCUCCUCCAACCACUGCUUAAGGCACCAAAGGCUCUUUUCAGAGCCACCACUUAUACAAAUUAAGACAUGACUCCUACAAAUAAUCUGUUUUUUUGUUUCCAACAUACACAUAUUUUUACAAAUAUAUCAACUGGAUUGACUGAAUGUUAAUGUUGUGCUCCAUAGGACAGCUAAAUACAAUUAUGAUUUUGAUAUUAACUAUUCUAGAAUAUGCCUGUUUCAAAGUAUUGAUCACUUUUAAAAAAGCUGACAGUAAUAUACAGAAUUAUUUAAGAUUGACUCCUUGUAUUAAAACUGCAGCAAAUUAAGUUUUGAGUAAUUUUAGAUUAAAAUUGUGUCCUUUUUGACAGAUGGAUGUAAACUACUGAAAUAACUUAUUGAACAGGUUUAAAUUUAUAUUUAUUAUUUAGGGUGUGAACUAUAAAGGAUACUGAACAUUUCCAACUCAAAUGAAACAGAAGAAGCAGGUGGGUUUUUAAAGUACAUUUUAUGUAGUUUAUUGUUAUAUUUGUAUUUUCUAAUAUUUAACACUAGAAGGUAAAGCUCAUUAACAAAUAAAGUUCUCCUUGGAGCUCAGUAAAGUAAAGUAUAUUUUAUUAACUAACUUGUACAGAUUUUCAAAUGCGUUUAUAUGUGUGUUAUAUUUUGUAUUUAUUUAUACUGUUUAAUGUAUUUGAAGGGUCCUGUUGAAAAUGAGAUCUUACAUCAACUACAAACAAUAACUAAGUAACUAAA